AACAGGACAAAUGUGUCAUCUGUUUUGUCACAGCUGGUCUUGAGCAAUAGAAGCUGCAGUGGCCAUAGAGAGGAAUGGGAAGGACACCAGCCUGCAGGUCAGAAGGUGACAUGCACGCAUAAGUGUACUUCUGUAAAUGCACAGACGCUCUGAAAGAGUCCACAAGAAACUGUAACAGAGGCUGCUGCUGCAGUAUCCUGAAGUGGGAACCUGGAUUCAGAAUACAGUGCUUCCUGCCAACCAGCUGCCAUCUCUCUCCCCACUCAAUCAGACUGGUGACCAACAGCAUCCACAUCAGAAUCUAUAGGCUGUGACUUAGACAGAGGAUACCUGAGACUCUGACAGUGGAGAGUAAGAAGCCAGAAGAACAAAAGAAAAUAGAUGUUCUAGAGAGGAGACACCAACCAGGGGAGCAAAAUUUAAGAGAAGAAACAUGCAUCCCCUGGAGACCUGUGGAAAGAAUUAGAGGGAAUCCCCUUAUAAUUUACUGUUUUCAAUUAAGAGGCUAAAAUGUCCUUCAUAAAAUACACAUGAAAAGACCAACACACCCUUUGAGAACCAUGGAGAAUAUCCAUUUCCUUUUAGAAGAGGUCAAGGUCUCCUAUUUUUUAAACAUUCUAGAAAAGAUCAAUAGAAUAAUCAGUAAUUUUUUUUCUUCUUUAGGAAAAAAGAAGUGUUUCUCCAUUCCAUUGCCAAGAAUGGCUUAAAUCAAUCUGCAUCCCUUUUUGUGAUGCUUAGUCCACUGGUAAAACUCCCAGAGUCAACUUCAAAGAAAGCUGAGGUUGCCAGGAUACAUCCAGGCGACAAAGGCAGGGGUUCCUGCUCCUGGCAGCCAGCCUCACCUCCUAAAAGAACUCCUGCAAGAGGGGAUGUGAAUUCUGGAGCUCCCAGCUGUUCUACUCCUGUUUCCACCAGCUACCCCACCAAGGGAUUCAGCAAGCCAUGACAAAAGCCGAAAUAGAAAAAUAAAGAACGAGUAUUACAAGAUCUUGGAGGCAUCUGAGGUUUCAUGGGGACUUUCCAGCAUUCCAGCCUGCUGCCCUGCAAUGAAGCUCUGAGUCACAGUCUUUGGGGCUAAGGUACUGGCUAUGAUGUGGAACCCCAAGACAGCCAACCUGACUAACCUUCACUCUAAGCAGAAGCCCAAAAUGCGUCUGGCCUGAAAUCAGAGCAAGCCUUAGAGAAAGCCUUCUUUGUUAAUGGAAAUAGAAGAGGAGAAAAGGGUUUCCACAUUGCAACAGUCUUUCCACCAUUCCAAAGAGCCCACCUUUCUUAUAAACCAAGCUGUUCUAUUUGGUGAGUCCCAUUCUAGCUUCUUGCCAGAAAUAGAGCGUGACAAUCAGGGUGAAAAAAUAAAGACGAACCCUCGGAAAAACAGACCUGGAACUGUAAUUCUCUCAAAGCAGUCCAGUAGGAGGAUUAUGUCUGAAAGUCAGCCCAGGCCCCCCGUGAUCCCAUCCCGCAGGCCCGGGUUCCGGGUAUGCUAUAUCUGUGGCCGAGAAUUUGGGUCCCAAUCCCUUGGCAUUCACGAACCCCAGUGCCUGGAGAAGUGGCGUGUUGAAAACAGCAAGUUGCCCAAGCACCUGAGGAGGCCAGAACCUUCCAAACCACCUCCUUUCAGCGGAAGUGGGUCCUACAGUCUUCAGGCAGCGAAUGAGGCCGCCUUCCAGAGUUCCCAGGCUCAGCUGCUGCCCUGUGAGUCCUGUGGCCGCACAUUCUUGCCAGACUGGCUUCUUGUUCAUCAGAGAAGCUGCAAGCAGAAGGUUGAGGGGCCCAGGGCACCAAGCCUGGACAGAUCUGAUGAUCUUGCCGGUCUCAAGAAAGCUUCCAGUGGCAUCACAACCCGACCAAGGACUGUCAUCUGCUACAUCUGUGGGAGGGAAUUUGGUACCCUGUCCCUUCCUAUCCAUGAGCCCAAAUGCCUGGAAAAGUGGAAAGCAGAGAAUGACCGACUCCCCAGGGAGUUCCGCCAGCCACUCCCACAGAAGCCUCAGCCCCUUCUCACUGGACAGCCGAACCAUGCAGGGCCACGUCAAGGCCAGCUCGUGUCCUGCCCAAACUGUAGUCAGACCUUUGCCCCCGACCGCCUUCCAGUACACCAGAGAAGUUGUAAAGCUCAACCUAGUGGGCCAAAAGUUCAGGAUUUGACAUUAGGGAGUAGAGGUGGCCUGAAAGAGUCCACUAAUCCCAAGCCUCAGAGGAACAUGGCCGCACCCCCUGUGACUGAUAAGCCAACAAUGAUAAGACAUCCACCAACCAUUGUUUGCUAUAUUUGUGGUCGUGAAUAUGGAACAAAAUCGAUUGCCAUUCAUGAGCCACAAUGUCUGAAAAAAUGGCACAAUGAAAACAACUUGUUGCCUAAAGAGCUAAGGAGACCAGAACCAAAGAAACCAGAAGUCAGGACCAUUACUGCCAAGGGUUUCUAUGAUCUCGAUGCCUUAAACGAAGCUGCUUGGACAAGCGCCCAGAGCCAGUUGGUUCCCUGUAAUAUUUGUGGGCGUACCUUCCUGCCAGACAGACUGAUUGUUCACCAACGAUCCUGUAAACCAAAAGUCGCCAAGUAAAGCCCUUUCUCCCUA